UAGAGCUGCACUUAUUAUGGCUCAAGUAACCACAGCAAGAACUAUAUGUAAUAUGAGUCCAUUGAUUUGUUGGUGAUCAAAUUGUUGCUUGCUCCCCAUAUAUUUGAGGCUACUUAUUAUUUCAUAACAUAAUUAAUAAUUUCUCAUAGUAUGGCUUUAGUUGUACCUCUACACCACACUCUCCCUUCUCUUCCUCUCCUUGGAAGAUCACCCAUAUCCACACCCACAAGUCUCUUAUCUCACAAAACCAAACCUAAUUCAGCAACCAUCAAGUGCUCUUGCACCUCAAGUGAAUUAUCCGAAUCAGAGCCUCCCUUGAGGCAAGUGUGGAAGCAAAUCCAAGGCAGCAACGAUUGGGAGAAUAUGAUAGAGCCGACGAUGAACCCUCACCUGAGGAACGAAAUAAUCCGGUACGGAGAACUAGCCCAAGCAUGCUACGACUCCUUCGACUUCGACCCUCACUCAAAGUAUUGCGGAACGUGCAAGUACCAGCCCUCGCAAUUCUUCGACAACCUCAACAUGUCCCACAUGGGCUACACCAUAAGCCGGUACCUCUACGCGACCUCCAACGUCAACCUCCCGAACUUCUUCCAGAAGUCCAGCCUCGGCACCGUGUGGAGCCCACACGCCAACUGGAUGGGCUACGUGGCAGUAACCACCGACAAGGAACAGAUCCAACGCCUCGGACGCCGCGACAUCGUCAUCGCCUGGAGAGGCACGGUCACCUACGUCGAGUGGAUCUACGACCUCAAAGACAUUCUCCGACCACCACUCUUCUCCAACGACCCCACCAUCAAAGUGGAAUCCGGUUUCUACGAUUUGUACACCAAGAAAGAACACUCCUGCACCUAUUGCUCCUUCUCCGCUCGCGAGCAACUCCUCUCCGAAGUCAACCGCCUUCUUCACUACUACCGAGACGAACACAUCUCCAUCACCAUCACAGGCCACAGUCUCGGUGCUGCGUUGGCCAUUCUCAGCGCCUACGACAUAGCCGAGCUCAACCUAAACGUUCUUCAGGAGACCAAGAGUAUUAUUCCGCUCACGGUCUUCUCCUUCGCGGGUCCCAGAGUGGGGAACCUCAAGUUCAAGGAGCGGUGCGAGGAGCUUGGGGUGAAGGUGCUGAGGGUGGUGAACGUGCAUGACGUGGUGCCCACGCUGCCUGGGAUAAUAACCAACGAGAAGUUUCAGUUUCAGAGGUACGUAGAGGAGGCGCUGCGUUUCCCGUGGAGCUACGCGCACGUGGGAACGGAGAUGGCGUUGGAUAACAGGGAGAGCCCGUUUCUGAAGGGGAGCAAUGAUCUGGUGUGCGCGCAUAACUUGGAGGUGCACCUGCACUUGGUGGACGGGUACCAUGGGAAGGGGAAGAGGUUCUACUUGGCGUCCAAACGGGACAUAGCGCUUGUCAACAAGAGCUGUGACUUUCUGAGGAGUGAGUACGGUGUUCCGCCGCACUGGCGCCAGGACGAGAAUAAGGGGAUGGUCAGGGGCCGAGAUGGGCGGUGGGUUCUGCCGGAGCGCCCCCGCUUGGAGGCUCAUCCGCCGGACAUGCUUCACCAUCUUCACCAAGUGCUCAACAACCACCUCCUAGGUCACCCAUUAGAAACCACUUAAACUUGUUUUUUUUUUCUUUCUUUUUCUUUUAGAAUGAAAAAAUAUAUGAAUGUCAAUUCUUCAUUUAAUUACAAUGCAUAUGGAUAAUGUCAAAUUUUCUCAUCUAAUAAUA